CGCCCCGCUGGGCGGCAGCUCGGGGAGGAGUGUUCGGUCGGAGGAUGUGAUUUCACAGCCCGGGAUUGCUGUUUGAAGGGCGGCCACAUCCUAGGGGCGGCACAGUGUCGGCCUGCAACCCACCUGACAGGAGAGGCGCCGCUGGGGACGCCUUGGGAGUAUGAGGCUCUCACCUCCACUGGCCACUCACUCGUGACCCUUCACCACGGCGGAACCUUCCAAACCCACCUCUUGCCGUGUGGUGAUCUACCUGAAGCGGGAGAUGUCGGGGGAUACCUGCUUGUGUCCAGCUUCAGGGGCCAAGCCCAAGCUAAGCGGUUUCAAGGGAGGAAGCCUGGGCAACAAAUACGUCCAGCUCAAUGUGGGCGGUUCGCUGUACUACACCACUGUGCGGGCACUAACCCGGCAUGACACCAUGCUCAAGGCCAUGUUCAGCGGGCGCAUGGAGGUGCUGACUGACAAGGAAGGCUGGAUCCUCAUAGACCGAUGUGGAAAGCACUUUGGCACCAUUUUGAAUUACCUCCGUGAUGACACCAUCAUCCUCCCUCAGAACCGUCAAGAAAUCAAGGAAUUGAUGGCUGAAGCCAAAUAUUACCUCAUUCAGGGCCUGGUGAACAUGUGCCAGAGUGCCCUGCAGGACAAGAAGGACUCCUACCAGCCGGUGUGCAACAUCCCCAUCAUUACCUCCCUGAAGGAGGAGGAGAGGCUCAUCGAAUCUUCCACCAAGCCUGUAGUGAAGCUGCUGUACAACAGAAGCAACAACAAGUACUCCUACACCAGCAACUCCGACGACCACCUACUGAAAAACAUUGAGCUGUUUGACAAGCUCUCCCUGCGCUUCAACGGUCGUGUGCUCUUCAUCAAGGACGUCAUCGGUGAUGAGAUCUGCUGCUGGUCAUUCUAUGGCCAGGGUCGCAAGCUGGCAGAGGUGUGCUGCACCUCCAUUGUGUAUGCUACAGAGAAGAAGCAGACCAAGGUGGAAUUUCCAGAGGCCCGAAUCUAUGAGGAGACACUCAACGUCUUACUCUACGAGACCCCGCGAGUCCCUGACAACUCCUUGUUGGAGGCUACAAGCCGUAGCCAUAGCCAGGCUUCCCCCAGUGAAGAUGAGGAGACCUUUGAACUACGGGACCGUGUCCGUCGUAUCCAUGUCAAACGCUAUAGCACUUACGAUGACCGCCAGCUCGGCCACCAGUCUGCCCAUCGUGACUGACAAAACCCUCAGGGAGUCAGGGCAUGGGACACCCUGUCUCCCGUCCUGUGGAACCCUGCCCUAUUGGCCACCCCACGCUGCUGCUGGCUGGGCUUCUGCUCCAGCACCCAGAGGCAUGAUAGGCCCUGCCUGCGAGGUCAGAGGGCCUGAGGGGAGGGACCACAUUCCUUUGCCCUGCUCCCUGAGCACUUCAAAAUGGCUGAGUCCUGGCCCCUUUGCUCAGCAUCUCCCUUCCUGACAGGGAGCUGCUUCUGCCCCUGGGACGAGUGGACUAAUGUGCCCACGUCCUGCUAAGGGCAUCCCCUUGGCCCUUUGCUAAAUGCCCCUUUGCUUAGCUGAGGCCCACAGGAAGUGGGUCAUUCUGUGGAGAAGGUGCUGCUGGUGCUGUGGAGGCCGUUUCUUAGAAGGUGGGGCUCCUUUUUUCUUAAGUUUAAGCACAGGCUUGAGGAGGUUUUGUUUUUUUAAUCUAGGAAAUGAAUAGUUAUAGGUCUAAUAAUGAGGGGACUGGGUAUUCCUGCUACCCCUCCAGGAUGCCAAGACCCUGGACCUGUCUCCAUGCCUUUGGGAUCUAUUUUUUUAAAGCACUUUGUUCUUUUGUUCAGGAGAUGUAUAUUCUUUCCUGACCUAUGUUGUCUUUUUCUGACCCUAAUCCCCUCUUCCUGCAGAAUCAAUCUGAGGGAGGAGAUAGAAGCAAUAAGAUACUGACCAGUUUUGGCUGCCAGGAUGGCCAAACAGCCUGCCCAGACAGUGCUGAGAAAGGAUGUGUAAGUUGGGAACCUGUGGUCCUAAUAACGGCCCUGUGAGAAAUGACACUUUGCCCCAACAUCUUAGACUCACAUAACUGACUCCUAAGGCCUAACAUGAUUGCUCUUUUUGAUUCUCUUGCUGUCAGCUCCAAAGAAUGAUGUCCUUACUAUAAGGCCAAAACCAUUUUAGGGGCCAGGAGCAUGAGCCACAGCAGGAAGGCUGUGGAACCACUGGACACAGCCCUGCAGUCUCUGCAGCCCUGUGCAGAAAUGGUGUGUGCUUGGCCAAACAUCCCCUCUCCCCCACCAAUGCUAUUGGUUUUGUGUCCUGGUUGGAGAUGGGGGUUCUUCCCAGGGUGAGUCUCUAAACACAGGGUAAUGUGAGCAGCCUAAGCCCCUUAAAAGGGUUCUUCAUUUCUUUCUUGUUGGGUAAUUUAGCCAUGGAGAUGCCACGCACCAGCUCUUGGGCAAGGAUGCGAGUUCCUCUUCAGGGCUUUGGUUUUCAUUCUGUUUGGCUUGGCCCUUGGGAGGCUGCUUAUCUGAAUUCUUUUCCAAAGGAAUGCCAUCAGGAAGGAAUGUUCAGCCAGCCUAACAAAUAACAAAGCAGCAUAGCCACUUAGCAGUACCCACUCAUUCAAGAAGGGACAUAAGUUAUCAAGUUCAGCUCUCAACUACUCUUACAAUAAGCCCUUAAGUGGCUGUUCAUGGCUGAUUCCACAGGGUCUAUGGGCAAAUGCCAGGCCAGGGUUAAUAGACACUCAACAAGGACCUGAAAUGACAUGAUGGGGCAGGGAAAUGUGACUCUAAUCAGGUAUUUUACACUUGUCACAAUGUAUAAAGACUUUCAGGUGAGGCACCCUCGUGAUCAGCUAUAAACAAUUCUUCCAGCCCUCAGUGAAGUAAUAAGAUGAAGACAAAUCCAUUUCUUUGGCCAGAUUCUGGCUUUGGCUUUGUGCCUUUUUCACAGAGCCUGGAAUAAUUCUGAGGCCACUGGCCUACUUCCUCAACUGUCCUCCUGAUGUCCUUUAAUACUCAAAAGUCCCAGGUCCCCACUGAAGUAUUUUAUAAUGAUUGUCCUUUGACCUUCACAGCUCCUGUAACCUCUUUACUGCUUUGACAUUCAGAUUCUCUGCUCAGUGGUGACUAGUCUUUCUUCCUGGGACUUGAGACACUUUUCCCUGACUGAAAAUAUUUCCUUGUUCUUAAGAAAAAUACUAAAUUGAGCUCAAUGAAGUAAUCUUAGCUUUUUAAAUCAGA